AGAGCUGAAGUGAAACAAAGCAGCUGCAGGGCUGGGUUGGGGCCAUGGCGCUGCCGUCCCACAUCCUGCUGUGGAAACUUGUGCUUCUAAGGAGCUCUGCUGUUCUUCUGUACUCAGGGCCCGCAGGGCCCCCAACCGCGGGCAGCUCCGUGGUGUCUGAGUCCAAGGUGAGCUGGGCAGCGGGCUCCGCGGUGGUGUUGCGCUGCCAGAGUCCGCGCAUGGUGUGGACCCAAGACCGGCUGCACGACCGUCAGCGCGUGGUCCACUGGGACCUCAGCGGCGGCCCCGGCGGCCCAGCCCGCCGCCUUGUGGACAUGUACUCGGCAGGCGAGCAGCGCGUGUACGAGCCGCGCGACCGUGGUCGCCUCCUGCUGUCGCCCUCCGCCUUCCACGAUGGGAACUUCUCACUGCUCAUCCGCGCGGUGGAGGAGACAGACGCGGGGCUGUACACCUGCAACCUGCACCACCACUACUGCCACCUCUACGAGAGCACGGCCAUCCGCCUCGAGGUCAACGACAGCCCUGUGGCGGCCGGCGCGUACUGGGACGGCGAGAAGGAGGUUCUGGCGGUGGAGCGCGGCGCGCCCGCGCUGCUGACGUGUGUGAAUCGCGCGCAAGUGUGGACCGACUGGCACCUGGAGGAGGCGCAGCAAGUGGUGCACUGGGACCGGCAGCCUCCAGGGGUGCCGCACGACCGCGCCGACCGCCUGCUUGACCUGUACGCGUCAGGCGAGCGCCGCGCCUACGGGUCGCCCGUCCUGCGUGACCGCAUGGCGGUGGGGACGGAUGCCUUUGCACGCGGGGACUUCUCGUUGCUCAUUGACCCACUGGAGCCGGCCGACGAGGGCACCUAUUCCUGCCACCUCCACCACCACUACUGCGGUCUGCACGAGCGCCGCGUCUUUCACCUGCGAGUCACUGAGCCGGCCGCGGAACCGCCCCCCCAGGACUCGCCAGGCAACGGUUCCAGCCACAGCGGCGUCCCUCGCCCAGACCCCACGCUGGCGCGCGGCCGCAGCGUCAUCAACGUCAUUGUACCUGAGGGCCGUGCACACUUCUUCCAGCAGCUGGGCUACGUGCUGGCAGUGCUGCUGCUGUUCAUCCUGCUGCUGGUCACCGUGCUUUUAGCCGCGCGCGGGCGCCGCCGCCGAGGCUAUGAAUACUCAGACGAGAAGCACGGGGAGUCAUGGCGGAAGGACAUGAACGCGGGAGAGCCUGCUGUGGCUACAGGGGACCAGGCUCUGUACAAGAAUGAGGACAUCCAACUUGAUUUCAAAAACAACAUACUGAAGGAGAAGGCAGAGCUGGACCACGGCCUCCUGCCUGCCAAAAACAUUGACCUGGACAGAGAGUUCAGGAAGGAGUACUGCAAAUAAAAUGACUCUGGGCUUCUGGCUGGGCCAGCAGUUCUGCCAACUCCUGUGUCCACCUCGGGGGACAUGUCCUGACCCUCACAUAGCUCACCCAACCCCCUUCCAGCGGCUGGUCCCGCUUUCCUGGAACUUGGCCAGGUGCAGAGGCCACCUCCACACCUCUCUCCCAGGGACUCUGGGGGGGGGGCUUUAGUCACACCUCCAGAUCACUAGUGGCCCUGCCCACUGCCUCCCAUGUCCACCAAGCCCUCAGCCCUGUGGGCUGUGGCAAGAAGCCACUCUUGGAGGGGGCUCAGAACAGGCAGCCUUGGAGGAGCUGGGGUCAGCCUCAGGGCUGGUGCCCACCUCUCUCCUUUAGGAGCCAUGCUCAGCCCCACCAGGCCACAAUCUGUUCUGAAUGGGGACCUGAGGAGCAGCCAAUGCCAGGCCCCAGGUUAAGGCUCCUCUGUGCUGCUUUGGGCCACUGGGCUGCCCAUGGCCCUUACUGCUUCUACUCCUGCCCAGCUUUGCCCUCAAUGGGCUGUCCUGACAGUCACUGGAUUCCAUGUGACUUUUGACCCUGACACCCUUUCCUUGUUUCCUCCCUGAGCUAGAGUUGGGGGUGAGGGCCACAUCUGGCUUCACUAUUGGCUGAAAACAGGGGAAGGGGUGAGUGAAAACAAUUCUGCCACUUCUGACACCCUACCCUUGUUCCUGCUGGUAGAAAUAUUACCAUCACAAUAAAGGCUUGGCCCAGAUAUGCCUCUGAAAAUCCCCCUGGCUCCCAGGGAGGGGACUGAGUCUGGACCUUGGGAACCCCCA